GUUGGUGGAGGCCCCGCGGGAAACGACGCAGCGCAAAGAGCGUGCGCGCUCCCGCCGCGGCGACCGUGGUGGCGAGCGGCGUCAGAGUUUGGAGGGGGGGCUGACGGCUUCUGGAGGGUGGCGGUGUUGGACGCAAGAGCUUGCUUAUCCCGUGUCGCUCCUGUCCCGGGAACCGGACGGAGAGCGAGGGCGCGAGGGUGGCUUUCGGGGGCUGCCAUUUUCCACGUACACGGUCUUCGUGAGGAGCGCAGCCCGGACUCUCCCGCGACCCCUUCGGCUCCCCUUCAGCACGCCUUGAGGCGGCGGCGGCCACCGAGACCGCAUCGCACCUCCCCCAGCCCUACUCCCCCUUCCCCUCCCCGCCCGGCAGGGCCCGGUUUGCGCCCCACCCCCGCCCGUCCUCCCGCUACGCCGCCGCCAUGUCGGCGCAGGCCCAGAUGCGCGCUAUGCUGGACCAGUUGAUGGGCACCUCCCGGGACGGAGAUACUACUCGUCAACGAAUCAAAUUCAGUGAUGACAGAGUAUGCAAGAGUCACCUUCUCAACUGUUGUCCCCAUGAUGUCCUUUCUGGAACUAGAAUGGAUCUUGGAGAAUGUCUGAAAGUCCAUGACCUGGCUUUAAGAGCAGAUUAUGAAAUUGCAUCCAAAGAACAGGAUUUUUUCUUUGAACUUGAUGCCAUGGAUCAUCUGCAGUCAUUCAUUUCAGAUUGUGAUCGAAGAACAGAAGUGGCUAAGAAGAGAUUAGCAGAAACCCAAGAAGAAAUUAGUGCUGAAGUGGCAGCAAAAGCAGAACGUGUUCAUGAGUUAAAUGAAGAAAUUGGUAAAUUGCUAGCCAAAGUAGAACAACUAGGAGCUGAAGGGAAUGUGGAAGAAUCGCAGAAAGUAAUGGAUGAGGUAGAGAAAGCACGGGCAAAGAAAAGAGAAGCAGAGGAAGUUUAUCGGAAUUCUAUGCCAGCUUCUAGCUUCCAACAACAGAAACUUAGAGUCUGUGAAGUCUGCUCUGCCUAUUUAGGUCUUCAUGAUAAUGACAGACGACUGGCUGAUCAUUUUGGGGGAAAACUGCACCUGGGAUUCAUUGAAAUAAGAGAGAAGCUUGAAGAAUUAAAGAGAGUUGUAGCUGAGAAGCAGGAAAAAAGAAACCAGGAACGUCUGAAGAGAAGAGAAGAAAGGGAGAGAGAAGAACGAGAGAAGCUGAGGAGGUCCCGAUCACAUAGCAAGAAUCCCAAAAGAUCCAGGUCCAGAGAACAUCGCAGACACCGGUCUCGCUCCAUGUCAAGAGAACGCAAGAGGAGGACACGAUCCAAGUCUCGGGAGAAACGUCAUCGCCACAGGUCCCGCUCUAGCAGCCGUAGCCGCAGCCGCAGCCACCAGAGAAGCCGGCAUAGUUCUAGAGAUAGAAGCAGAGAGCGAUCCAAGAGGAGAUCCUCAAAAGAAAGAUUCAGAGACCAAGACUUAGCAUCACGUGACAGAGACAGGAGUUCAAGAGACAGAUCACCUCGUGAGCGAGAUGGAAAAGCUAAGAAGCGGUCCUAUGAGAGUGCUAAUGGCAGAGCAGAAGACAGGCGGAGCUCAGAAGAGCGGGAAGCAGGGGAGAUCUAAUUAGUGUGUACAUAUCUUCGAUCCUUAAGCUUCCUAUGGAGUUACAUACUAUUGUUUAGUUUACAGCUGUUCAGGGUGACAGUGAGCAGUUCUAGACACUGAUCCAGCCAGGCUAGAUGUACAAUAUCUAACUGAAAAUGAACUGAAAAUGUUUUCCUGAUGAAGCCUAAAACUACAUCCAUAGUUUCUGGUGAACCUGUAAUACAGUUCUGAAAUACAGUUUUAUAUAAUAAGAUGCUGAUCUCUCUAUUCUUUCAAAUAGGAGUGAUAGUGAAUGAAUUGUGUUAUUUGCCUUGGGAUCUUUUGACCAUUUGUAAAAUGCUGUCUUCCUUUCUACUCCAAACAGCAACAGCUUUGAGAAUUUUCUUUUUACUUCUCUAACUUUUGUAUCCCCCAAUACUUGCACCCUCCAACUGUGAAAGAAAGGGAGGGAUAGGGAAGCAAUAUAAUUUCUGUUCUAAGGUUCUAUUCCCAUUAUUAAUUCAUAGUUGAUUAUGAUUCAAGCAUUAUACUGGAAUGCGUGCUGCCGAAACUCAACAUAUGGGGAUUAUUUUGUUUGUUUGAUGGUGGCUAUUUAGAGUUGGAUGUUGAACAGCUGUUGGCAUUACAUACUUUUGCUUUUUUACUGAAAUCUUCAAAUCAGACUAGUCUUGAUUUUUUUUCUGUUCCAUUCAAUUACUAUGUUUAGGAUGUUCUGAUGGGGGUGGGGGCAGGGACUCUUUCGUAAUAAGCACUUGUUUUAUUUUGUGUGUGUGUGCAGUAUAAAGGCUACACUCGUAUUGUAAAAAUAAUAAUAAAAUCAAAGAAUCACCACCACCAUCGUUAAACUGUAACUUGUCUAGUAAAUUGUCACUAGAACUAUUUGUUGUAUUUCCUGUCUGUUACACUGUUAACAGUGCCUUACUGUACAAGGCACCCAAGGAAGGAAAUAUGUACUUGCAGAUUCAGAUGAGCUGUGCUUUGUCUGGGCCCCUUGCUGACUCCACUACUUCAGGGCUGUCUGUAAUAGCUACUGGAGAGAAAGGCUGCACCUAUAGAAACCACUGAGGGUUUCCUUUUGUACUUCUUAUUCAACAAACCUAAAUAAAGAGAGUAUGUAACCAA